GCUGUGGGCGACAGCCCCCGCCGCCCUUGUGGCGCCGGGGCCUUGGCGGCCGGGCCCCGCCUGGGACUUGAGCGUCGUGCGCGGCCUGCCGGGGCCCGGGACCGGAGCAGCCCUCUGCGGGGGACCGUGCGUGGGACCGUGCGGGGCCGGGUGCGCCUGUGCUCGUCCUCAGACUGGGGUCCAGGCCCGCACGUGAGCUUUGGACCCGCACCCUGCUCUCGGGGAGCCGCCAGUCUUCGUCGUCGCCCAGUGCACCCUCCAGUUCAAGUCGUUAACGUGUUAGGAAACAAACAUGCGGAGUUGCAUUGUUUUUCUUUCUUUGGAAUUCCCUCGUAGUGCUUUCUGAUGGAAGUAAACUUCCUGUUUGACAGAACACCCCGGCUUUAGGGUGUUUGUAGCGUGUGCUUUCAGCGUGACCUCCUGCUGUACUGUGGACGGGCAGCCCGCUGGAGAGGAAAGGGACGGAAUUUGCAGUCAGGACCCCUUAGCUAGAUGUUUGCUGUGCGCAGUGCUUCACCUCUCUCCGCCUGGGGUUUCUUAUCUUUACCGCGGGGCCUGUUCACUCCCCAGCUCUGGGUGUGUACAGCGAGAACGCGGCUUCAGCGCCCCCCAGCACCGUGUCUGCCUCCCCGGCCCCAGUUAGCUGCACUUUUUACUUGAACUGAUGAAUUCUAAUGAGGAGAACCUUGAGUUGGUUUUGUGUUCUUUUAAGAUUUUAUUUCUAAGUAAUCUCUGUACCCAGGCUGGGCCUGGAAUUCACAACCCCAAGAUCAGGACUCACAUGCUGUACUAACCGAGCCAGCCAGUCGAGGGAGAACUUUGAGUUUUCUUAGGUUUGGUGAACUGACCGAAAGGGCAGAAUCACGGGCCUAAGUUUUGACGACCUAUGUCCCUCUUGUGACCUAAGGAACUGGGACUUCCAGAGAAAUGAAACAUGGAUUUCUGUAUUUGCAGUUUGGCAAGCUCGGCUUAAUAGUUCAAAAUAGGCGUGGCUUAUACCAAUUUAUGUGCAUGGAAAAAUGUUAGGUGGAAUAUUUGACUUAGACAUUCAGGUACGUUUAGGGUGUGUUUUGAUGAGAUUCAGCAUAUUGUAUUACUGUAUUUUUGGAUAGUUGCACUAGCUUAAUAUUAGAGGCAAGAGGUAGAAAAUGGUCAGAGUAGCAGUUCUGUAGGGAUAGUUUUCCCGGACUUUGAACCAUGGAGAAAACCACGGAAGGAAAGGGGUGGAUAUUCAAAAUCGGGCAAGAGCAGAGGUGCAGAUUCGGGUGUGUUUAUGGCAUUUUUUUUUUUAAAGAUUUUAUUUAUUUAUUUAUUUGACAGAAACACAGCAAGAGCGAGAGAGAGAGAGAGGGAACACAGCAAGGGGAGUGGGAGAGGGAGAAGCACGCCUCCCGCGGAGCAGGGAGCCUGAUGCGGGGCUCGAUCCCAGGACCCUGGGAUCAUGACCUGAGCCGAAGACAGACGCUUAACGACUGAGCCACCCAGGCACCCCUAUGGCAUUUAUGGAUGACCGGGUUAAAGAAUGGACCAUCUGGAGGACGUGGUUGAUUUUGGUCGUAGUAGAAGUGGGUAAUUCCAGAAUUGAUUGGCCAUACCAUUGUCACUGUAUUAAUGCUCGUUUCAUUGCACUGGUUCAUCUUCCUUCUCAACUUGCCUGUUGCCACUUGGAAUAUAUAUCGGUUCAUUAUGGUGCCGAGUGGGAACAUGGGAGUGUUUGAUCCUACAGAGAUACACAACCGGGGGCAGCUGAAGUCGCACAUGAAGGAAGCCAUGAUCAAGCUGGGCUUCCACCUGCUCUGUUUCUUCAUGUAUCUCUACAGUAUGAUUUUAGCUUUGAUAAAUGACUGAAGCCGGAGGAGCCGCGGCCCGAGUCCGCCUGCACGGCAGCACGCAGCCCGGGAGCCUGAGACGGCUGAGCCCAUCCUUAGAACCGGGACCAUAGCAGUAUACUUUUUCCUCUUUGAACAACAAAAAAAAAUAUUUUUGCUGUAUUUUUACCAUAUAAAGUAUUUAAAAAACA